UUUGAUCUAGCAUCUGUCAAAUCAUUAAAAAUUUUGUUAGCGUUGACGUGAUGCUGUAAAUUGCUAAUGUGGCAAUAAGCCAAACUUUAAAUAAUUAUGGGGGAAAAAGAAAAAAAACAAAAAUCAUAAUACCUAAUUUUAGGCUAAAACUUUUGGAUCUUAAGUCGGUGGCCGCAAAUAAAGUAUGAAUCAAAUUAGAUGACACAAUUGAGUUUCCCCACUCAAGACAAACCAUGGAUAGCCGUGAGAAAAGGAUCAAGAAAAACCUAAUGCCACAGCAAGUGAGCGAGCCGCCAUGGCCGAUGGACGAUCUCUUCGAGAGCUUGCCGGAGCAUAUACUCCACCAUAUACUUUCACUGCUCCCACUCAAGGAAGCGGCAAGGACGACCCUUGUCUCGAGAUCAUUGCAGAGAGCGUGGUAUUCGCAUCCGGAGUUCAUCUUCGAUCUCAAGGACUUCCUCCCCGUCGGUUGGAAAUUCUCCUUCAUCCCUUACUGCGGUUACCCUAACAGCCUGCAUGGAAUCAACGACCGCUUCCUCUGCUUUGUUGACAGCGCUACAUCCAAGCUCCUCGAGCAAAGGAUUGCGCUUCGCAGGUUGAAAAUCUGGGCAACACUUGUCGAGACUGACAGGUCACCGGCUCUGUUCGACAAAUGCAUAGGCGCGGCUUUGGAAAACGGCGUUCAGGAGCUGGACCUCAAGAUUUACAUCAAGAAUCAUGAUUGGUCGUAUUCAGUUCCGGCUAGGGUUUUCUCUUCAGGGUUUAUCAAAACCCUAACCCUAAUCGGGGAGCGACUUAUUGCUCCUUUGGCUAGUAUUAGGACUUUGUAUCUGAAUUCUCUGCAAUCGCUUAAGUUGUGUGGCACCCCGAUCAAUGAUCAGAUGUUGCAGAAACUCCUCCGAGGCUGCCCGGUGCUCGAGAAUCUCUCACUCCACCGCUGUAGAUCACUGACGCAAAUCAUAAUAUCCGGCCUCAUCAAGCUCAGGACGUUAGACCUUAGUCAUAAUCACCGCGGAGUUAAUCGGGUCGAAAUUAAAGCUCCGGGUCUCGAAACCUUUGAAUACUCUGCCUAUUGUCUCGAUGAAGGAGUCGCGGGUACUAUCCUUGUACUAGAUCGCAGUCCAAAACUCAAGCACUUGAAAUUUAUGGAUUAUCAGAUGACCCAUGAGCGGUUCCAGGAGUUACUCUCCAAGUUCCUGUUACUGGAGAGCUUGAUAAUCGAACACAGCAAGAGGUUAAAUAGAAUCAAGAUUUCAAAUCCUCUGCUCCAGGAGAUUCUUAUAAGGGAUUGCACGGGCUUAGAGGAUAUCGAAAUUGAUGCCCCUAAGCUGUGGUCUUUCCGCUACAAAUCUUGGGAGGGGCUGUUGCCGUUUAUAAGGAUGAAGAAUUCCUGUUUUCUCUCCGUCUGCGAAGCCGAGAUCAGGUGUCAGUCACAUACAGAGCUCGUUGCUAAUUGGUUCAUUGAGCUAAAGGAGUUUUUCACGCGCUCUUGCACGUUUAGGUCUCUGAGUUUGGCUGUGAAUUCUAUGCAAGGAGACGUGCAACAUACAGAUGAUCCUUUGCCUUCAUUGCCAUGUGAUAUAGACCAAUUAAACCUAGAUAUCGAGGUUCCUCCAUCAAGGCAUGCAGCCAUCUUGGACGGGCUGCUUUCGGCUUGCCGUCCGACUACUCUACGGGCCAAGGCUGGUUACUCUGAAAACAGCUUCUUGAAGCUGCUAUGCGAGAAUCUUGCAAAAAGAGAUGAUGAUAUUCGGUGUUGCUGUUCAGAACAUAUUAAGUGCUGGUUGCACGAACUAAAAGGUGUGGAGAUCGAAGGGAUUACGCGGAGCAAUCAUAAAGGGCCUCUGAACUGGUGCACCUUAUUCGAUCUGUUGCCAACUCUCACCAUGAGCAAUUCUAUCUGUUUUAGGUUGCAGUGGUGAACUAACUACUGGGCUGCUCAAUAAAUUGCGGGGAUUAUGCAACAUGUAUCUUGAAUCUUCUUUACUUACAGCCCCAAGACUCCGACUUUUAUAGUGCGUUUGGUUUUAGAGUUGAGUUGAGUUAAAUUUUGAUUCUAAUUGGAUUGUAAUGAUGGUAU